UUAACCCUGCAUAUUGCUCUCCAUUGCUCCCAGCAGCCGAUCAGACGGGAACUUUCUGGAAGAGCAAAGACAGAGCGUGAGAGAAUCUCCGGCGAGAACGAGAACUCGUCGACCCGUCCGAUCAAAGAAAAAAUGGCGGAGCACUUGGCGUCGAUUUUCGGUACCGAGAAGGAGAGGGUGAAUUGCCCCUUCUACUUCAAGAUCGGAGCUUGCUGCCAUGGCGACCGUUGCUCCGGGCUCCAUACCAAGCCCAGCGUCAGCCCCACCCUUCUCCUCUCCAACAUGUACCAGCGACCCGACAUGAUCACCCCUGGCGUCGACGCCGAAGGAAACCCUAUCCAUCCCCACAAAAUCAAGCAACACUUCGAGGACUUCUAUGAAGAUCUAUUUGAGGAGUUGCACAAGUAUGGAGAGAUUGAGAGCCUGAAUGUUUGCGACAACCUUGCUGACCACAUGGUGGGAAACGUUUAUGUUCAGUUUAGUGAGGAAGAGCAGGCUGCUACUGCCUUGCGCAAACUGACUGGACGAUUCUAUGCCGGGCGCCCCAUCAUUGUGGACUUCUCUCCAGUGACAGACUUCCGAGAGGCCACCUGCAGGCAAUACGAGGAGAACACGUGCAACCGUGGUGGUUAUUGCAACUUCAUGCAUCUUAAAAGGAUUGGCAGGGAAUUGAGGCGACAAUUGUAUGGGAGCUACAGAAGCAGGCACAGUCGUAGUAGGAGCAGAAGUAGGAGCCCCUACAGGCAUAGAAGCCAUGAAGAUCAUUACCAUAGGAGCAGUAGGAGAUAUGAUGAUGAAAAAGAGCGGUAUCAUGAGAACCGGAGUAGAAGGCACAAGACCACCAGCCCUGAUCACUGGAGGGAACGAAGUAGCAGUCCAGGAAGAGGGAGGCGCGAGAACCGAAGCCCUGUUAGGGAAGGUAGUGAAGAGAGAAGGGCAAGAAUUGAACAGUGGAACAGGGAAAGGGAAAAUGGAUCGAGAGCCGAUCAUAAUAUUGAUUAUGGACACCAGGAUCAGGAUUCACACAAAGAUGUGGAGUAUGGCAAUUGAGGGGGUUCAGGGUGUCUCCGGUGGUUUUGCAGGUUUCAGAAUUCAUAUAUUUGCCUGUCAAACUUGUAAUUCUUAGUUCUUAACCAUUUGAUUAACAUAACAUGCAUGGCUGAGUUUCGAAAUAUUUGCUCUCUAACCAUAAAAAACGAUCGAUUAUCAUGUACUGUUGGCAUUCUCAAUUUCCAUGCUUGCAUUCCAUGUACAGCGAAGGAACUCUUAGAACACC